AUGAGCAGCAGCAACCACACCCGAUCCGUUGCAGGUUUUCCAGCUUGGACCGGCAGACGUUUCAGCGCUUCAGCCGGCAUCACUGCGACGAAGUCCCUGGUGCCAACGGCUGCCUUGCACGACGAGGCUGCCAACGAAGUUGCGAAACAACGACGACGCCUUGCUUUGCAGCCGGAAGUGUCCAGUCCCCCGUCCAGCAAGGACUCCCGUCAUCUGCAGUUGCAGCCAGGCCUUGGGGCGAGGAAUUUGUGCAGCAACGCUCUGCGCCCUUUGGCGGCCAGGGUCCGUGGCCCAGAACGGCUUCUGGGCGACGCACGGCGCUGCUGA